AAAGGAGCGGUUCGCCACUAGUAGUUCAAAACUUCAGAUAGUCUUUUGGUAACUGACGGCGCUCGGCCGGCUUUUCCACCGUCUCCGCGACUCUUUUGGCGGUGCUUGCUCGGCUGCUCCGCCGCCGGCGCCGCACGGACCGCCGUCUUGCGCCGCUGGCCUUUGCCGCUACACAGCCUUCCCAUUUCCCCUGCCCAUCGGACGCUGGAUGCUCUGCCGUCGGGAUGCCUGGACCAGUCGCCACCUCGCCGCUCUCUGCCCGCCAGACACCUGACUGGGUGGCGCUGCGCAGCCACCACAGUAUCUACCGCCGGUGCUAGAGAGGGAACCAGGCGUCCGUUGGCUGGACACGGUGAUCCAGCCCCAUCUAGCACCGACGGGGGACUUCGCCUCCGCCAUUCGCUGGUCCUCCUGUGCACACCACCUGCUCGACCAAAUGCCCCGCUAGACCAGGGAAGCUGAUUCCAUGUCCUUCCUGGCAUCUGGCCGUGCCCGCCUCCUCCGGGGCAUCUCCAGUCACCGGCCACCACAGCAAGGACGCUACACCACAUGCUUCCGGCGUUACAAGGCGCAUUUCUUGCUUGACGGAAUCGAGGAUGCAGCGGAGAGCGCUGCCGGAUCGCAGGAACCACCGGUGUCUCUGGCGAAGAGCCUGGCCUCUCUCGCUGAGGAGUCAACCAUUGCUGCUCAGAGGCAGCGGAAGCCCCUGUCCCGGAUGGAGCGGAAGAGGCUGGCCGAGCUCCGGAUAAAAAAGAGGGUCAAGGCGCAGUAUUUGAACGGCAAGUUUUACGAUCUCAUGGGUAAGGUGGUGGCUAGUGCCGAUACGUUGGAGGAUGCUUACGACAUUGUCCGGCUGAAUUCUAAUGUCGAUCUGGCGUCUCCAAGGGACGAUGUUUGCUUCAUCGCAUUGGCUGAGCAGCUCAGAAGCGGAGAGUUUGAUAUCGCUGUGAAUUCUUUCUCAGUAGCUGCAAAGAGGCAAGGAGGAGAGCGCAUUGUUCUUCCACGGCUCAACUUGAAAGUUAUCCAGGAAGCAGUUAGGGUGGUGCUUGAGGUUGUUUACAGGCCUCAGUUCUCCAAGAUAUCACAUGGUUGUCGGAGUGGGCGAGGAUAUCACUCAGCUCUGAGGUUCAUAUCCACUGAAAUUGGGUUUCCAGAUUGGUGCUUUACUGUCCCUUUGUACAAGGAGGUGGAUAGUGAUGUGGUCUUGAAGCUUAUUUCACAAAUACAGGAAAAGAUCGUUGAUGACCAGUUAGUGGCAUUCAUGCAAGAUAUGUUUGAUGCCGAGGUGAUCAAUUUGGUAUUUGGAGGGUUUCCCAAGGGCCAUGGAGUUCCUCAAGAAGGAGUACUUGCACCAAUCCUGAUGAAUAUUUAUCUUGACAGUUUUGACCAUGAAGUAUUUAGGAUUUGCAUGAAACAUGAAGGCCUUUAUUCAGGGGCAAAAAAUGUUACAGACAACCAGGGCUCCAAGUUGCGUCACUGGUUUAGAAGUCAAAUGAAGGAUGGGGAUCUAAAUAAUGAAGAUCAAACAGAGGGCCAGCCAAACGUGAGAUUAUAUGCUUGCAGAUACAUGGAUGAGAUUUUUGUUGCAGUUGUGGGGUCCAGAGACAUAGCAGAAACUGUAAAGUCUGAAGUUGUUGAUUACUUAAGCAAAUCGCUUUACCUGAAAGUUGAUGAUGGAUUGUGUCUUGUGCCAGUAAAAAAGGACUCUUGGGGGUUGCAGUUUGCUGGCACCGUAGUUAAGGCCGCAACAAAAGAAAGUGCUGCGCUGAAAACUGUUCACAAGCUGAAGGAGAAGGUCCGUUUAUUUGCUUGUCAGAAGCAAGAGAUAUGGGAUGCUAUGAAUCUUAGGUUAGGAAAGAAGUGGUUGGCAUAUGGUUUGAGGAGGGUAAAGGAGUCUGAGAUCAAGUCACUUGGUCUCAGUACUCCGUUGCUGGAUCACAUUGCACAAUUUAGGAAAGAGGGCAUGAAGACAGAUCAUUGGUUCAAAACUUUACUCAAGGUAUGGAUGCAGGACAUCAAUGCCAAAAAUGAAGCUAAUGAGGAGGUGCUCCUGUCAAAAUACAUUGCUGAACCAGCACUUCCGCAGGAACUCAGAGAUGCUUUUAACAACUUUCAGAAGCAAGCUAAUGAUUAUAUCUCAUCAGAAACUGCUGCUACAGAAGCACUGUUGUCCAGCUUGAAGAAUAAGGAAUCAAUGUAUACCUGCCCUGAUGAUGCUGCCAUUAAGAUUUAUGCGCCUCUUAGUUAUAUCAAGAAGUGCCUCAAUCGCUAUGGUGUAACUAAUCUUGAAGGUUUCCCUAAACAUGUUUCAGCCCUUGUUUUGCAAGAUGAUGAGCUAAUCAUAAGUUGGUUUGCAGGAAUAAUUCAUCGUUGGGUAAGAUGGUUCUCUGAGGUUGACAAUUUUAAAGAGCUUCAACUUAUGUUAGUUGAAUGUGUCAGGAAAUCUUGCAUUCGGACACUAUCUGCAAAGUACCGAAUGUACGAAAAAUUGACAGAAAAGCGGUUUGAACUUGAUGAUUAUGGCAUUCCAAUGGUCGAGGACUUUGAGGCAAUGAUAGCACAGCUAGAACCUAGUUCUUCCUCAGUUUCCGCUGAUGAAGCUCUGACGUAUGGCAUUUCUAGUAGUGGCUUAUGUGUGCUCACCCUCUCAAGAGUUAGAGUCCCUGCUCGGAAAUUCAACUGCUUUGUCAUGGGCUGCCAAUCUUCAUCACCAAGUUUGUACAUUAUUCAUGUGAAGGAGAAACAGCGGUUUCCAGGAUGGAGGACAGGUUUCUCAUCAUCAAUUCAUGGGAGUUUAAAUGGCAGACGAAUUGGGUUGUGUACCCAACAUGUUAAAGAUCUAUAUCUAGGGCAAAUCUCCCUUCAGUCAGUUGAUUUUGGUGUGCUGAUUAGAUGACUAUAAGAUGACCCUGAGGAAUCGGUGAGCUAGAAAACUUUGGUGCCAUCGUGCAAGUCUGGCCAAGCUUUGGGUGCUCUGUAUGUGUCACUUUGAUGACAUGAAACUUCUCAUAUUCUUUCUCAAUGGUUUCUUCAAUCAGGCUGCUCUCUAAGUUUCCUUUGUGCCUGGGGUGUUCCUGGGCUUUCUGUAUCAUUUACAUCUUGUAGGGUCCCAUGAUUAAACUGUACUGAAUGUUCAGUGACGAUUUUAAACUUGGACUUGCUGAAUUUUCCUUCAGGGUCAUGGUCACGGCACUCUGAUUCCAAGAGGCUGGACGUUUGCUGUUCCAAGGUCAUGAAUUACAUGACCAUCCAAGUUCAAUCAAUAACUAUGCUGCUGGCAAAGAAGGCAUCAAGGGUUCACCGCCAUGAGGGUCCGCCAAUUGUUUUAGUCGCUCUCAAGGAUUAUCAGGUUAGUUGGGGUACUGAUGUUCAUAUAUAUGUUUCAUAUUGAUUAUGAUCUGGUUUCAUCUCCAAAGAACUGAAGGAAUGAUUGCAAACAAUAUCAGCUAAUGAACAUGGAGUAGUCCAGGAAAUCUCAUAUUGUCCAUUUAUUUGUUCCACCUGGAAAUAAAGAAGCUAAACAAUUAGCAGCUCUAAGAACAAGCAUAACUUAACAUCACAUGCACGCUCUUGCUUCUUUACCAUUUGUUUUGUUACUGUCUUAUAAUCUAUUAAAGGUUAGUGCUCUCAACUUAUGUCACUGGAAUGCAUUUGAAUCUGGUUAGUUUUAGUUAUUUCAUACCGUGAUGGAUUGCAACAGAUCACAUUAUUAAACACCAAAUCAUUUCUAUGUAGCCAUAGCAAUGCCAUCCCACCUGGAUAAGGACCCAGGUUGUCACCAAGGCCACAUAGCUAAGUGCAAAACAUGUUUGGAAGAGCAAAGAGUGGGCACGCAUAAAUUAGAUGUCACCUGGAUCUGUUUAGAAGAACGAUGAUAAAGGAGAAGAUGACAAAAUAAUUUCGAUCACACGUACAGAGUCACAGUACAGUACACCCACGGGUCGGUGGGUGGAAAUAGUCCAAAUAGUGUGUCUACCACACGGUACGUCAAAUAGUGCAAGUAGGACCAACCGUGUGUGUCUGUGUGGUACCAAGGCAAAUACAGCUAACUGGAAAGAUGCUACCUACUGGAGGUCACUUCUAAUUUGGAGCGUUCUUAUCGCCAAUGGUUUCUUCCUCCUUCAUCAGGCCUAUGGAACUCUGAGCAACGCCGGCCUGAGCUGCCAUCAAAUUUGCAA